AUUCCGAGUCUAUAGUUCUAAUUACUAUUAGACUUUUGACCGUCAACAUGAGAGUGAUUGCUGUGUGGGCCCUAUGUGUAGCGGUUGUGGCAGCUGUGCCAACCAACCCACAAAGGAUAGUUGGUGGUUCUUUAACUACCAUUGACCAGUACCCUACAAUGGUUGCUUGUCUAAAUGCAGUUAACUCUGUUAACUUCUUCCAGUCUUGUGGUGGUACUAUCCUCAACAAUAGGUCCAUCUUAACUGCUGCUCACUGUACUAUUGGCGAUAGAGCAAAUCAAUGGCGCUUCCGUGUGGGUUCAACCUUCGCCAAUAGCGGCGGCAUUGUCCACAAUGUUCAACAAAUCAUCAACCACCCCAACUAUAACCAUGCCAUAUUUGAUAAUGACUUCGCCAUCUUACGUUCCGUUACUGUUAUUUCAUUCAACAACAAUGUGAGGGCAGUCUCCAUUGCUGGUGCUAAUUACAAUUUGCCCGAUAACCAGGCUGUCUGGACCGCUGGAUGGGGUCGGAUUUCCGUAAGUACUGUUUUUUACUUGACAGGUAAUCACGCCUUAACUAUUUUUUUUCAAAAUUUAUAUUCUGUUUCACAGGAGAAUGGUCCUACGUCCGAGCAACUGCGACACGUCCAGGUCUUUACUAUCAACCAAGCAAUUUGCAGAAGCCGUUAUGCAGCUGCUUUCACAACCAUCACUGACAACAUGUUGUGCUCUGGUAUACUCGACGUCGGUGGUCGUGACCAGUGCUCGCAAGACUCCGGUGGUCCCCUAUAUCAUAACGGGAUUCAGGUCGGCGUCUGCUCCUUUGGUCAUGGAUGCGCCAGGCCACAGUUCCCUGGUGUCUAUGCUCGCGUUUCACGAGCAACUGCUUGGAUCGCAAGUAACGCUUAAAACAUUUAAGCAAAUGAUCAAAAAUCGUUGAUUGAAUAAACGAGUUUACCUUUUCAUAUUGUCACAGACUAUCAAAAAUAUACCUACUUCAUAAAA